AUGAAAUUUAAAAUAUUUUCUAUUAUCGGCGUUUUAUUAUGCGGUUUAUAUACCGUUAUUGCUUCCCCAAUUAUACCAAAAGGAUCUUUUGAUUUGGAACCUCGACAUCAUCCUGUACCAUAUAUUUUUGAUCCUUUACCUAAAUUAACAGAGACUGUGCCAACUACUCGUUAUUAUACAUUUGAAUUGAGAAAAGAAAAACUUUCUCCCGAUGGUUUCGAACGAACUGUGUGGACCGUUAAUGGCCAGUACCCCGGACCUCUCAUUAUAGCUAAUAAAGGUGAUAGUUUAGUAAUAAAAGUAAUCAACAAUUUGGGUGAACCUGCUACAAUUCAUUGGCACGGUAUCUUCCAACGUAAAACCAAUUGGUAUGAUGGUGUACCUGGUCAAACCCAAUGCCCAAUUCCAACUGGAUGUGAAUUCACUUAUACUUAUGCCUUGGAUCAAUCUGGAACUUAUUGGUAUCAUUCACAUUUCCUUGCUCAAUAUGUUGAUGGAAUAAUUGGUCCACUCGUCGUUUAUGAUCCAGAAGACCCAUAUUAUAGUACUUGUGAUGACCAAUAUGUAGUUACAGUUGGUGAUUGGUAUCAUGAUCCUACUUCAGUACUUCUUCCUUUGAGAAUGGCUCCUGGCUAUAUGGGACUAAAUCCUGUCCCUGAUUCUAUUCUUAUCAGUGGUGCAGGACAGUACAACUGUUCGUCACCAGCAGCAGGUAGUAAUUGUAAUUCUAAAGUCACACCUGCCACCUAUGAUGUUGUACAAGGAAAGAAAUAUAGAUUCCGUAUCAUCAACACUAGUGCCUACGCAUUCUUUUUCUUCUCCAUUGAUUCUCAUAAACUCAAGGUUAUUGAAGUUGACGGAAUUCCUGUAAAAGAUACUGAUGUAUCAAUAGUAAAUGUUUUGCCAAUUCAUUGUGCUCAACGGUACUCGGUCAUAGUGAAAUGUGACCAACCAAUUGCCAAUUAUUUCAUCCGGGCUGUCAUUCCUGACCGUUGCGUCCCGAGACCGAAUAACACCAUCAACUAUAAUUCUUCACUCACCAAUGCUACUGGUAUUCUUCACUAUGAUUCUGCUACCAGUGAACCCGUAUCAACUCCAUAUUCAUAUGAUCUCCCACCUUGUGAGGAUCUUGUUGCUGAUGCUAUACGACCAUACGAUGGUAGUAAACCACCCGCCCACGUUACUGAUGAAUUUCUAUUUAACGUCACAAUCGCUCCUAAUGCCAACAAUGUUAGCACCUUCCGAAUCAAUAAUUCAUCCUUUGAACCUACUUUCAAUAAUCCUUCGAAUCUAAGAAUAUUGGAAACUGGAGGUUUUUCUGAUUUCGAAGUAUCUCAAAACGCAUACGGUUAUGAUUACCCCGAGGGAUGUGUUCAAAUUAUUCUUUUAAAUAGUUUGAGAACAGAACAUCCAUUCCAUUUACACGGUCACGCCUUUUGGUUAAUUGCGUCAGGACCAGGAAUAGACCCUAAAAAUUUAUCUACAUUCAAUUUGGAAAAUCCAAUCAUUAGGGAUACUACUACAGUACCUGGAAGGGGUCACAUUGUAAUUAGAUAUAUUGCAGAUAACCCUGGUGUAUGGGCAUUCCAUUGUCAUAUUGAAUGGCACGUAGAACUCGGUAUGGUGGCUCAAUUGAUCGAAAGACCCUCGGACUUCAGUAAAGAAACCGUUCCAGAGGAAGUUAAGGCAUUGUGUGUAUCAUACAAUAAUUCCGUACAUAAAAAACGUUCAACUUUACCCGGAGAUUCAAUGGUUAAGAGAGUGCAAAUGUUUAGAAAAAUUAAUCAAUUGAGUGCAUCAUUUCUCAUUAGAAUUUUACAUUAG